AACCGCGGGAGGUGGAAGACAAAGCAGGACCACGACGUGCUGAAGCGCCAGUUCGACACCAUCAAGGCCGACCGACGACCUCCUCUACCACAACAAGAAGCUCCAAGCCGAGGUUUGAGCUGCAGCAUCUGAAGUGUUCUGUCCUUUCCAUAUUAGUUUUAGCACGAAAUAAAGAGAAGUGCCUCUCCCGAACGAAAUCGUGAUUCUGCACCAGUUUCUUCUUAUAGACUCCCAUUGUGACUGUGGAACUAAAGCAAUUCAAGUGCAAGGGUUGGUUCUUGGUAGUUCAAGCAAAAGCAUCCUGAGGAUUUGUCCUUGGGUUAUUUUAGUUCGUAAGGAAACAUCCCACCAAAUAUGGUGGCCUCUCUAGACAACGUGAGAGGCUUGACUUUAGCUAUGUCAUCCAGUGCAUUCAUUGGUUCAAGCUUUGUAAUCAAGAAAAUUGGGCUGAAGAAGGCUGGGGAUUCUGGGGUAAGAGCAGGUUCUGGAGGUCAUUCAUACUUGUAUGAGCCAUUAUGGUGGCUGGGAAUGAUCACUAUGAUUCUGGGGGAGAUAGCAAACUUUGCAGCAUACGCAUUUGCCCCUGCCAUACUUGUUACUCCUCUAGGAGCUCUGAGCAUUAUAUUUAGUGCAGUGCUUGCACACUUCAUCCUGAAAGAGAGAUUGCAUAUGUUUGGUAUUGUUGGUUGCAUCUUGUGUGUUGUUGGUUCUGUUGGUAUUGUUUUGCAUGCCCCCAAGGAGAGGGAGAUUGAUUCAAUGGAGGAAAUAUGGCAUCUUGCAACUCGGCCAGGUUUCAUCGUUUAUUCAUGCGUGACUGUGGUUGGCGUUCUUUUUUUGAUUUUCUGGGCUGUCAAACGCGCUGGUCACAGGAAGAUGCUUGUCUAUAUUGCAAUCUGCUCACUAAUGGGAUCCCUCACGGUUAUCAGUGUAAAAGCAGUUGCCAUUGCCUUGAAGCUGUCAUUUAGUGAAUCAAACCAAUUCAUCUACGUGCAGACAUGGUUCUUCAUAUUUGUUGUCAUUAUUUGUUGCGUGGUGCAGUUGAACUAUCUAAACAAGGCUCUGGACUCUUUCAAUACGGCUGUGGUCUCUCCGGUAUACUAUGUGAUGUUCACCAGUCUUACUAUUCUCGCUAACAUGAUUAUGUACAAGGACUGGGUCUCGCAGAAUGCAACUCAGAUAGCAACUCAACUUUGUGGGUUCGUGACCAUUGUUGCUGGAACUUUUCUACUGCACAAGACUAACACCAGCAACACAGAUAGCAACGUGAGGAGUACACCAACACCAACACCUCCACCACCACCACCACCACCUGAUCAGCUUUGUCUGGAGGAAUGAUGCCUACUCCCAAGUCAUUAACUAACUUUAUCUCCACAUUUAACAUGUACCAAAAACAUUGGCUUGCAAAGACAACAAACAUAUUGAAUCUGAUUGAACAUUAUAUUGGUCUGGACCUUUACUCCUAAAGAUACAGCAGGAGUGUUUUGGGAGCUCUUCAUGGGAUUUUGACACAUAUCAGGUCAUUCCUCUUGCGGGAACAGAAAAAAAAAUACCGUUCCAAACUGGCUGUGUUGUUUACAAGCGGAUUGUUUUGGUGCUUCUUUGGAAGGCAGGAUUUUCAUGGGACUUUGCAUGAUUUAAGAACUCUUUCUAGUUAGCAGCAUAUAGUGGUGUUAAAGGUUUCCCUUCUCAAUGUGCAGAGGAACUGUAUGAAUAUAGAGCGUGCACAACACAGUAGUACUUCAAAUUUAUGAAGAUGGAUAAGUAACCUUGUCUCACAA